AUGUCUAACAACAUCCGUAAACUCGAUCGUCGAGGAAUCCUCGACGGAAGUCUGGCUAAACGUCUGACCACUCUAGACUAUUUUCUAUAUGCUACGAAUGAAGCAAUGAAAUUCGAUCAGUUGGAGGACUGCGAUUUGCAGCCCUACGGGGAAAAGAUCAUCACUCUGACGGAGGUUGCACGCCGGACGCUUAGGCAGAGAAUGGACGUGUCCUUGAUCAUGCUCUGUUCAAAGGAACACGUGCCUUACAAGGCAGCUUACUUCAAAUUGCUUGUCUGGAUCAGACGCCGCAGGUCCGCAUUCCCCACUAACAUCGACGAUCGAAUCAAUUCGCUCUUGGAGGACAUAAACCAUAGAAUAGUUCUACGCACCAGGGGAAUUGACCCACGCGUCCAAUUGGGCAUUGAGGAAUUACUAAUCGUCGAGACUGCUGCUGUCUCGUCGACACAAGAAUUAUGCACCAGCUGUUCAGAAAUAGCCGCCUCCUUGUCCUCGAAGGCCGUUUGUUCGCGGAUUUUGUACGAACGCCCAACGCUUUGAAGUUGGCACUAGGAAGCGAUCAUCAAGUUGAUAUUCCUUUCAAACGUUCUUACCUGGACCCAACGGCUACCGCACUGUACUUCAAAUCACAACCCUCAUCUGCUUCUUGUCGUCAUGAAUAUGGAAUCCAUCCACGCACUCAGUAGUAUAUGUAGUGAAAGAACGUCAUACCAUUUCGCUAUA